AUGUCAUUACCAGCUUCAUUUGACUUAACUCCAGAAGAUGCUAAAUUAUUAUUAGCUGCCAACGUUCAUUUAGGAUCAAAAAACGUUCAAGUUCACAACAAACCAUAUGUUUACAAAACCAGACCAGAUGGUGUUAACAUUAUCAAUGUUGGUAAGACUUGGGAAAAAAUUGUUUUAGCUGCUAGAAUCAUUGCUGCUAUUCCAAAUGCUUCAGAUGUUGCUGUCUGUUCAUCAAGAACUUUUGGUCAAAGAGCUGUUUUAAAAUUCGCUGCUCAUACUGGUGCUACUGCUAUUGCAGGUAGAUUUACUCCAGGUAACUUCACAAAUUAUAUCACUCGUUCAUUCAAAGAACCAAGAUUAGUUAUUGUUACUGACCCAAGAACUGAUUCACAAGCUAUUAAAGAAUCAUCAUAUGUUAACAUUCCAGUUAUUGCUUUAACUGAUAUGGAUUCACCAUCAGAAUAUGUUGAUGUUGCUAUCCCAUGUAAUAACAAAGGUAAACAUUCAAUUGGUUUAAUUUGGUGGUUAUUAGCAAGAGAAGUUUUAAGAUUAAGAGGAAUUAUUACUGAUAGAACUACUGAAUGGUCAGUUAUGCCAGAUUUAUAUUUCUACAGAGAUCCAGAAGAAAUUGAACAAAAUGCUUCAGAAGAAGGUAAAACUGAAGAAGUUGAAGAAACUCAAGCUACUGAAGGUGAAACCGAAUGGACUGGUGAAACCGAAGAAGUUGAUUGGGCUGAAUCAGGAGCUACUCCAGCUGCUGAAGAUGCUGCUGCUUCAAACUGGUAA